UGGGCACAGUAUGGGAGGCUUGGUUAUUGCAAAGGUAAGCACGCGGCUUUGAAAUCAAGUGGUGCAGAGCGACGAAGCUUACAAACAUCAAGGCUAUCACACUCGCAGCAGAAACGUAUAGGGAAAUCUUCCCAAGGCUGUUUGAGUGUAUCGCUGGAUGCGCCUUCUUCGGAACGCCCUUUGGCGGUGCCCAAGUCGCCGCUGUCGCCUCCAUGUUGGGUGAUGUAGGCGAACACCUCGGGUAUACCAAGUCGUCGGCGUUGGUGAAAAUGAUGACACCCGGAGACGAGAGUCUGAACGAGCUCCGAGGCGACUUCCUGCGGUUGGCUCUCAAACUAAGCCCAGCCGUCCAGCUCUUCUGCUUCUACGAGAAUCACCCAACCGACUUUACCCAAACAAAGUUGGGCCCGACCAUGUCGAAAAUCGCAAAGGCAGUUGUUCCCAAGAAGCUGCAAGACUUCGUCUCAAGAGAAUCGGCGACAUUACCUGGAAUCGAGGAGAUGGGUCUAGCGGCCAACCAUCGAGAUCUUGUCAAAUUCAGCGACUUCAAGGAUUCCCGGUAUCAGCUUGUCAGGGAGCCCCUGAAGAGACUCAUUCACGGCGCCAAUCUUGUGGCCAAGAACCGACUAAACUCGACUCGUGGCAUCGAGCCAGAGGUUGUCAACAAGGUCAUGGAGUUGCUGAACGGCGGUCAAGUUUCAAAGAAGCGCAAGAUGCUUUCGCCCCAGUUCCCACCAUCAAUCUGGAUUCCCAAGGCCGAGUCGUACCUGGAGUGGUUGAAAGAGGACCAUGAUUCAGGGAGCGCGACGCAGAAGCACAGAGGACAGGCGCUGUACGUCCGCGGUCCCGAGGGAAGGGGAAAGACACGAGCGACUAUGGCGGCCCUCCAGGACAUCGACAACAUCAUACAAGCCGACGAAAAGGUGAGCCACGGGCGAGGACCCGCCCUCGUUGCCUACUUCUUCUGCGACCCCUCUUCAGACUUUUUGACUGCCGAAGACUUGCUCAAGUCGUUGGUGCGGCAGCUCAUCGGCCAACAAGCCACCUUGUCUGUGUAUGCGAAGCACUUUGUGAAGAAGGAAGAUUCGUCAAAGACGUCGGCGAACCUCACGGUGGAGAACCUGUGGCAGACUCUUCAGGAUAUCCUUACGGACGAAUUUAUUGGCCGCAGAGUGUACUUCGUCAUCAACAACCUGCAUGUUCUGCCUGAAGAUGCCGAGUCAACUGUCAAGUUGAUGCGGUUUCUCAACGCCGAGCUGCAAGAACUCAAGGCCGAGGAUGACAAGCGAGUACCUACCAGAUGGUUCCUCACAAGCAGAGAGGUCCACCAUGUGGAAGACUCGUUAAAGGUGGACGGAAUCCAGCUCAUCGAUCUCGAGGACGACAAGUACUGCGACCAGGUUCAGCGGGAGCUGCGCAAGGCGGCACAGGAAAAGGUUCAGGAACUCGGCAGCUCGAAGAAGUAUAACAAGGCGCUCACAUACUAUGCGAGCAGUCUGAUUGGGAAGAGGGCAUCCAACAGUCAAUGGAUCAAGCUUUCCUGCAUGCAGCUCGCGGAGCUUCCUGACGCAGAAAGUGACCUCAAGAUUAGACACAUGCUUGAGGGUAUGCCCCAGGAACUCAAAGCUCUCCUAAACGCUGCGUGGGCGCAGAUUUUCCACUCGAACGAAAAGGAGACCGACAAGAUCAAGGAGCUGCUGCGAACACUCGUCUUGACAUUUGAAGAGCCCACUGAGAAUGAGCUCGUUGUCUUGGCAGGGUUCCCUGCCACGGAGGCGGGAAAAUCUGAGCUCCAAGACCUGGUGAAGAAGUGCAGGCCGUUGUUGACGGUGAAGAGGAGCGGCAAGUCUGAAAACACCAUCGGUUUCAUGGACAGAGUCGUCAAGGAGCAUCUUCUCGAAAAGGAGACGUCCAGGAAGACUCUGGGCAUGUCGAACGACGAAAGCAAAUGGCAGCAGGGCAUCAUUGCGCUCCGGUGCUUGGCGCACAUCAAGGAUGCGUUUGACUUCCCCGAGGAAGAGAAGCCUGUAAUGGAGGCUCAGGAAGGGAACGAAGAGGCAGAGACACAGUCUGCCAAGGACGAGGACGAGGAGAGUGAAGGAUCCGAAGCGGAUGGCCAGGAAAGCGUCGCCGCUGAUUCUGAUCAAGAGGAAUCGGACAGCGACACAGACUGGGACGACGACGAAUCCACCUACGGCUACCAGCAAGACGACGACGAGGCCGAAGAGGCGAGAAUACUGGCCGAGAAGGUGCUGCCUUAUCCCGUCAAGCACUGGCUGCACCACGCCAGCAGGGCCACGUUGGAGAUUGCGGAGGAUCUCAGCGAGGAUGACUUUUGGAAGACAGAUUCUUUGAUCCGAUACCGGUGGCUCGUCGUCUACAUGUCCAUGACGAAAGUGCUCGAUGGGUUCGAACCCAAGGAGUUGACUGCUUUGCAUAUCGCAGCUGCUGUCGGAUUCAAGCAGCUUGUCUCCGCGCUUAUUCAGAAUGGUCAUGAGGACGAGAUCAACAAGAGAGAUAGUCUUGUCAAUACUCCUGUAAGGCGAAAUUCCUUCCUAAUCUUGAGCCAUCGCCAGGUCGCAUUUGUUGGCUUGUUACUAACGUCCCUGGCAGCUUCAUUUCGCCGCCUAUAUCGGUAGACCAAACAUCGUGGACGAACUUCUCAAGAGAGGUGCCAGUAUCGACGAUGGUAUCGACAUUGGCGAACAGACCCCGCUACACAUGGCGGCAUUUGCUGGCCAUGUCAA